GAGGGAGGGGAGGAACGUGACGACGAUGUAUAAGCUGAGCGAAGCUCCCCCUGUGUCUUCUCCAGCAGACGAGUUCACCGAUGAGGGAGAGCAGGAAGGGCCGGAGACAGGGGAGGCAGAACCGGCGGGUCCGGGAGGGCAGGAGGUAGAGUCGGAGAGUCAGGAAGGGUUGGAUGAAGAGUUGGUUGAGCCGGGAGGGCAGGAGGUAGAAUCGGAGUCAUUUCCCUCUGCUGUGCACGUACCAUCUAAUCAUCGUGCGCGGCAUGAGCUUGCUAGUAACAACACUGCUGCAAAUGAGAACGUUGAAGUCAGAGAAGGCAGAACCCGUGCGCAAACUCGGACCGUAAACCAGCAGAGCGUAUCCGGUCUCAUGGCCACUCUAGGACAUAUUUCCGCAUCUGAAAUUGUAGAAGCACUCUUAGUGGAGCAGAGAGCGUGUGAUACUAUUGAACUGCCGAGAGAGCUCAUUCAGGAUGUAGAGACAGAGCCUGGCUUCAAGCAGAAGUAUUGUGUGGAUUAUCUUGAGACUUUCUCGCCUACUGCAAAUGCUGCAUCGAUUCGUUUGUUGGUAGCAUUGGCGUGCAAGUAUGAUUUGGAAUUUCUCCACUUUGACAUUGAGCAAGCGUUUGUUCAGUCGGAAUUGGAUCAUGAGGUGUUCGUGAAGUUGCCUCCUGGCUGCGAGUCGAUGUCAGGAAAGGUCGCCCGUUUAGACAAGAGUUUGGAUGGACUGAGGCAGGCAUGUAGAACAUUUCUCAAGAGAUUAGUGUCGGACCUGAAGAGGAUUAGUGUCGAACAAUCUCUAUCUGACCCUGUCUUCUGCGUUUCAUGAUGAGAAACGAGGUGAUGGGUAUGAUCGCGAUUCAUGUGGAUGACGUUCUGUAUGGAGGAAUUGAGAGUCUUGCCAAGAUAGUUAUGCAAGCGCUAGGUGACUCAUUGCACACGAAGAAUUGUGGCGAGGUCAAGUUCUUUCAUGGUUGCGCCUUUAGUCGCGACCGCGAGGCUGGCAAGAUUGAGAUGCCUCAAGAGCGUUGCGUCAGGAGUGUUCUCGAGAGAUUCAAUAUUUGUCGCACCAGCUCGACCCUGCUCCCCCUGCUAGUGUUUACAGGUCCGUGAUGGAGGAGGAGGAGGCAGGGGAUGUGCCGUUCCAAGAGGU